AUGGCGGAACAGAUUGUUAAUUUGAAUGUUGGCGGACACAGAUUUGCAACUUCGCGACAGACUUUAACAUGGAUGCCGGAUACAUUCUUCACAAGUUUGUUAAGUGGAAGAAUUCCUACUGUACAUGAUGAAACAAACGCGAUCUUCAUUGAUCGAGAUCCAGAAAUGUUUCGAAUAAUUUUAAAUUACCUACGCACAAAGCAAAUUGAUUUAAGGGGGGUGAGUCUAGUGAAUCUGAAACAUGAAGCGCAGUACUAUGGCUUGGGACCUUUAGUGAAACGGUUGACUUUGUGUGAAGAAUUAGACGAAUGUGCUUGUGGUGAUGUGCUUUUUAAUGCCUGUUUACCUCCUCCUGCAUUACCGUUAAAUGAAGGUUAUUCAUCUCCAUCACCAAGUUUUACAAGAAACAACCAGAAGUCAUCCAAUUCACCAGGACCACGUGGUGCAGUUUCGGUCUCCAUUCCUUCUCAGUCUUGCAAUCUAACUGAACAUACAGCAGUGCCUGCAGUGGAAGUCGUAUUAAAUGGUUCUCCAUUCAAAGCAUCGCAACAGCCACGUUUGCUUCCAAGCAUGGAAGCUAAAUUUCAAGUUCCACAUGCCGUCGAAGUAUUGGUCGACAAAACUGUAAAGGGCUACCCAAGUUUGCCAACAAAACAACCGUCUGAAAGCCAUGCAUCAUUUGUAAAUGAAGAUCCAAAAUUUCCAGUCAGUACGGAAAAAUCGGAAGCAACAAACUUAUCAGUGGAAAGUAGCAGCAAUACGUCAAGGAACACAUCACAGAAUUUUGCUUCACAUCUCCCAAGCACACACAAUGUUUGCAGUAACCUUUUUAAAAAUUACUCAAACCUUAUGAAGAAGAGCUCGUCUGAAUUAACUCGUCAGCUGAAAGGGGAGUUAUCAUUGUUGAUGCGUUACUCUGAUCAUUUGUCGGAACCACUAAGAGUUCGAGUGAUUCGAGCACAUUAUAAUGCAGUUGCCGUAGGUUAUGCAAAUUUUGUGUGUUGUUAUAGAAUGAAGGAAAGCUUGGGUUGGCAGCAACUAUAUAUAUCGCCACGUAUGGAUGCUGUUGUUCGUCAUGUAGCGUUGUAUGCAAAAUUUGGCGAAAAAAUGCUGGCUGUUUCAUUAACUAAUAAUGCUAUACAUUUAUGGAAUAUUUCAGAAGGAGAUGCUAAUUUCGGGACCAAAAUUGGAACGUUCACUCUCUUGGUUGCUGUUGAUAAGUUGUUCUUUAUUGGGAGCCAGUUGGUAGCGCUAAGUAAAAUUGGAAAGGUUGGAAUCUGGCAUUCAAUGACCCAUAAUUGGCAAGUCCAAGAUGUUGUCGCGAUAUCAUGUUAUGAUACAGCCGGGUCAUUUUUGCUUCUUGGAUGCACUAAUGGAUCUAUUUAUUAUAUUGAUAUGCAGAAAUUCCCUUUGCGUAUGAAAGAUAACGAUUUGCUAAUUACGGAACUUUAUCGUGAUCCAAACGCUGAUGUUAUCACUGCUAUAAGCGUCUAUUUGACACCGAAAACAAAUCUCCGUGGAAAUUGGAUUGAAAUUGCUUAUGGGACUUCAAGUGGUAGUGUCCGAGUAAUUGUGCAGCAUCCAGAAACAGUUGGUCAUGGCCCACAACUAUUCCAAACGUACACUGUGCAUACAUCUCCAGUUACACGAGUCGCUCUCACUACCAACCAUCUUAUCAGCGUGUGCAGUGAAUAUAAUCAUGUUCGUUCCUGGGGUGUAACACGUUUUCGUGGCAUGAUUUCGACGCAGCCAGGCAGUACAUCUUUGGCAUCUUUCAAGGUGCUUACCCUAGAUAAUAGUGAUGAUAUACUUGAUGCAGACGGAAAUGAUCCAGGACCAUUUGGUGAUCAAGAUGGUGAGCAAGUUUUUGUGCAGCGUGUGGUUCCUGGUACUAACCAAGUCUUUGUAAGAUUAGCAUCGAACGGUGACAGGCUUUGUACUAUUCGAACCGUUGGUGAUUCAGCAAUAACUGCCUUUUUGGUUCACGAAUGUGAAGGUUCACGCGUAAAUUCAAGACCGAGGAGAUUUUUGUUCACUGGAACUUCCAAUGGUUCCAUUCAAAUGUGGGACUUAACAACAGCUUUGGACCAGUAUCACGCUACUUUAUCAUUCCCAAAUUUUUCUUUAAGUAAUCAAACAAGUGCAGCUGAUAAAACAGCUGGUACUGUAUCUUCGACUACUACAGCAUCUAUUAACGCCAAUGCUAUACUUUUUGCAGGUCGAGCCAGUGGUACCAUACGGCAAGGACCAACUCCUGAUGAACUUCUCCGUUUGAUUGAUGAUUGUGAGAUUUGUUGUGCAAGCUUGAGCACAACACCGUCAAAUACACCGCAUGCAUCCUCCGUACAUUUAUCCGAACUGGAUUGUCAACGCCACUACUAG